AUGAAAUCUCUAUUCUUUCUAGUCAUUAUUCAUUCGCUAUACGGGAAUAUUCAAGCAAAAAAAUUCUCAGUACUUCGAAUAUCGCCGAGCACACGAGCGGAUGUCGAGUUCUUGCAAGAGAUUCGGACAAAAGAUCAUGAUUUGGACUUCUGGAAGGGACCCACCGAGGUGAAUCGAGAAGUGCACUUGAUGGUUGAUGAGGCACAGAAAGCCUACAUUGAGCGCACAUUAGAGAGACACAAUAUCAACCAUACGAUUAUGAUUCCCGAUGUGGAGAGAGUAAUCGUCGAGCAAAAGAAGAAAAGAGCUAAAUUGAAUAGCGAGCUGAGGCUGAGGGAUUGGAGAGAUGGAAAGAUCAACUUCAACCUUGCUCAAUAUCACUCGUUUGCUGAUGUGAUCAAUUAUUUAAACGCUCUUGCCGUCACUUAUCCGGAAUUGGUUUCAGUGCAACCGAUUGGCACAACGCAUGAAGGAAGACAGAUUCCAUUGAUUAAAGUGACAAAUAAACGACUUCAAAGCGGCAAUAAGAAAGCUGUUUGGGUUGAUGGAGGGAUUCACGCGAGAGAAUGGGUUUCCCCAAGCACUGUUCUUUAUUUCAUUCAUACACUCAUCACUCAAUAUGAUAAGGAUCCGAAGAUCCGGCAAUACGUCGACAGUAUGGAUUGGUACUUGGUACCAUUGCUGAAUCCGGAUGGCUACGAAUACUCGCGCUCAAGUACAAAUCCUGAAAUCCGUUUGUGGAGGAAAAAUCGAUCCCCGACAAAAUGCAUUCAAGUGGCUUCAGGCCCAUUCACUCCACCACAACAACAAUGCUGUCAAGGAGUCGAUUUGAAUCGAAAUUUCGAUUGGUUCUUCGGCCAGGUUGGGUCAUCGACGGAUCCUUGCUCGGAGAUUUAUCAAGGAGGGUUCGCCUUCUCAGAGCCGGAAACCCGAGCAGUUCGCGAUUUCCUUGCCCAACACCGUAUCACCACUUUUAUCACUCUUCACUCGUAUUCACAGAUUCUCAUGUAUCCAUUUGGUCAUCAAGUCCGCACCUAUUCGAAUGAUCUCAAUGAUUUGCACGCAACGGCGACGAAUGCGGCAAACGCUCUUCGCAGCAUGUACGGGACACAGUAUCGUGUCGGAACAGGCGCUGAUACUUUGUAUCCAGCUUCCGGUGGAUCAGAGGAUUGGGCAAAAGGGAAAGCUCACGUGAAAUACUCUUAUCUUUUCGAGUUAAGACCCGAAGAACAAGUCUGGGACGGGUUUCUCUUAGCUGAGAAUCAGAUUCUCCCAACGGCUCGCGAGACGUGGGAAGCCGUGAAAGUGAUCGCUGAUCAAUCGCUUCGGCUACAAGAUAGUAAUACAGCUGUUCGACACCAGCAACCGCAAAAAGCACAGCCUUUUCGAAAUGUUUGCGAGGACAAAGACUCACUUUGUGGAUCGUGGGCGGCGAGUGGAGCGUGCGAAACGUGGCCAAUCAUGAAAGAACGUUGCGCACUCUCGUGUCGAGUCUGUCAA